AUGGCCACGCAUCUGUGGGCGAAUUUUGUGACUUCUUUGGAGUCCCGAGAUGUUUCCUUUCAGCAGGUGCAGCAUGCAACCGAUCGGCGUGCUGUUAUUCUCGAGGCUGGCUUCAAUGACCCUAUCACUAUUGCCGUCUUGGAGACGGAGUGGAUGAAGCGCUGCAAAACAAGUGGCCCUUCCUCUACUGCAAAGGAAGCUGUGGGAGUUCCAGCCACUGUCGCGGCUCCCCCCGCACCGUUAUGUGCUCAGUUUGCGGAUUAUACGAAACUGGAGGACGUGCCAGAGGAGAUCCAGGACCGUGUUGUAGCAGCAGAUGUGCUUGCCGCGGUUAUCGGCUAUGGUGGCUCACUUCUUCAGGCUUCGCGAGACGGUUUUAUUGUUUCGCGUUACGUACCCGUUUCUAUGCGUAGCUUGUGCAAGACUAUAGUCCCCGUUGCGGAUUCUUUUGUUGCUCUCCGCAAGGUGGAACGGGCAGAGUACAUGGGCAAAAGUUUAGUGGCAAUGGCUCUCGGGGAGGUCGUCUCGGAAAUCUGCACCAGCUUUGCCCAUGAGAUUGCAAACUUGCAGCGUUGGGCACAGGGCAGGGCGAUGCCGCUUAUGGGCGUCGUUUCUGAGGUACUGCGAGCAGGGCAUCACAUUGUGCGAUUGCGUCAAGUACUGCCCACCGACACCAUAAUGGACGAGGAAGGGACCCUUUCAAUGGUAGGAUGGCGACUAUUAAACCACAUCCAUGAACAAUCUGAGAAGUAUUCGGGGAGUAGAGAAGAUGAUGAGUUACUUCUUUUGCUGCUUCGUCGGGCAUCGGUGCCUUAUCUGCGGUUAUUGCACCGAUGGAUGCAUGAGGGAUUGUUAGAGGAUCCGUACGGUGAAUUUUUUAUCUCAGAGGCCCGACCGCCGGCUGGCAAGGCAUCGGUAUCGGCAACAUUGAAUGAAAAUACAACAACCGGUAUGAGGAAUGUGGUAAGUCGCAUUUUUCCCAACACCGCCGCCGCGGAUGAUUACGGCGAGGCGACAUUAGAGGAGGCAAACGCGUUUGAGCGGCGAUUUUCCAUGAAUAAAAACAUGAUUCCGAAUUUCCUUUUGAAAACCUCCAAGAUUGCGAAGAUGGUCUUUUACGCCGGAAAGUAUUGUUGUCUGUUGCGCGAGUACAACGGGACGCUUCCUGCGUUUGGGGAUUUGGCAGAGCACAUGCUUGUCUGGACGGAUGCCGACAAGCUGCACCGAAAAAUUGAGGAAUCAUACGAAAUUGCCAGCGGCGAGGUGCUGCAACUUUUCCUGGGACCCCAAGUUGACCUCCUCGGUCACCUCAUCUCACUGAAGUGUUACUUUCUCCACCAGCGUGGUGAUUGGCUGGUUGACUUUCUUGACAGCUCGGAGGAACUCCUUGUAAAAUCACCGGUACACGUGAAGGCACACUCAGUGCGUGUUUUACUUCAGGCAGCGAUUGCCCGAUGUUGCGAGACGGAUCCGUAUCACAGCACCAUUGGUUGCAGCUUUUCUGAUGGUACAAUUGAACAGUACGUCAACGGUUCUUUUGAGCCUGCGACAGACGAAGCAGCUCCUCGCGGCUCGUGUGGUAGAAAAAGUGCUAUGCGAAUAGAAACACAUCGUUGCAUUGAGCUGCUUCAGCUAGAGGCCGAUCUCAAAUGGCCCCUCACAAUGGUUCUGGACUCUGUUGUUUUGAGACGCUUGAAUGGUAUAUUCCGUCUCUUUACAUGGUUGAAAAUAUGCGAACGUAACCUUACCACGGCAUGGACGGAUGUGGACGUCCCCCAUCAGCCUCCCCAAGCUUAUGGUAUCAAACAUCAGCUCAUUCAGUUUAUCCGUCAGUAUCAGUUCUACGCCGCACACUUUGUUGUGGAGCCGCUAUGGGGUCGCAUGAUGGGUCGUAUAGGGCAGGCAGACAGCGUUUUUGCCGUAAACAAUGCUCUGCAGGACUUUUUUGAGGGGGUUGAACUUGGUCUUGUGCUUGCCAGCUCCCAACGUUUUAGAAGCCUGUCGCGCAUUUUGGAAAUUGCAACCAGUUUUAGUGAGAUGGGUCGACGAGAGUUCUCGAUGCGCCUGCGAGCGGAGGAGUUGGGGGAAGCAUUGCAAAGCACAGAAGAGAGGUUUUUGAAGGCUCUUUCCGAACUUGCUUCGCCGGUAGGCCCUGACUACCCACAACUCAUUCCACUGUUGACAUGGAUCGACUUUAGCGGAUUUUACAACCGCAAUGGUGUGUACCGAGUUCUCUACUCUGCUGGAAUAUCGACAGAAACAGUAACCUCCGCAGGUGCAGAUAGACGUCGACAUUAA